GGUCCCCGGCUGGACGUGAAGGCCUCGGGAGUCUUCGUACUUGGCAUAGGCCACGGGAACAAGCUCCUCACUGAUCUGUACGACUGCCACCUCACCAAGGUUUACACUGUCGGUGGGCUGUUUGGUAAAGCCACUGAUGACUUCUCAGACACAGGGAAGCUAGUGGAGAAGACAACAUUUGAUCAUAUCACAAGGGAGAAGCUGGAACGGAUUCUCGCCGUCAUUCAAGGAACAAAUCAUAAGGCCCUGCUGAUGCAUUCUAACAUUGAUAUGAAAACACAAGAGGCGUACGAGCUGGCUGUCAAAGGGUUGAUUCGCCCCAUGGGAAAAAGCCCUCCGAUAAUCACAGCAAUCCGAUGCCUCCAGUUUGCGCUUCCAGAAUUCCAGCUAGAAAUCCAUUGCUUGCACGAGACGCAGCAGUACCUCCGAAAAAUAGUUCAUGAGAUUGGUCUGGAGCUGAAGUCAUCUGCUGUGUGCACGCAAGUGCGAAGAAUACGCGACGGUGUUUUCACACUGGAUGAUGCUCUCCUGAGAACGCAGUGGAACCUGCAGAGUAUACAGAAUGCAAUUCGGGACUGUCAGCUUAAAGUGAAAACAGAGAUAGAGAAAACGCUAGGCCAUCAGGAGAGAAGUUGUCUUCCUAAGAUGGAUGCCGAGAUGGCCCACGCUGCAGAGCGCUGAGCCUGCGCUGCGGAGGGAACGUCCACAAGCGAUCUCUGUAGCGCAAUGACGCAGCUACGUGCUGACAGCAUGAUGGACAGCAGAAGGAAAGAGGUUAAUUGCAGUUCACUUCCACCCUUUCCUUGAGAUGACUUUAAUCAGAGAGGCA